AUGGCUGACCUGCAGCAGCAGAUGGCGGCGCUGCUGCAGCAGUGCGUCGCAGAGGGGCUCCUGGACGAGCAGUUCCACCAGCUGCUGCAGCUGCAGGACGAGUCGAAUCCCGACUUUGUCUCGGAGGUCGCCGAGCUAUACUUCGACGACGCCGUCCCCAAGAUCCAGCGGGUAGGGCAGCUCCUGUCGGACCCCUCCCCUGACUUUUCAGAGCUCGACGCCGUCGUGCACCAGUUCAAGGGCAGCAGCGCCAGCCUCGGCGCUGGCGGCAUGGCGAAGCUUUGUAUCCGCAUGCGGGAGCUCUGCCAGCAGAGGGACGUCCCCGGGUGCCAGGCGCUGGUGCUGCAGAUGCAGGAGCAAUUCACACGCCUCAAGCAGCAGCUGGGUGCAUACCUGAGUAUGGAGGCGCAGCGGAAGCGGUUGGCGGCGGGCGGGUAG